GUGAGAGAGAGAGAGAGAGAGAGACAGAGAGAGAGAGAAUCUAAGGUGUUGUGUGGUGCCAGCUAUGAAGUUGAAGGAUCAAAGCUUGCUCUGAGGUCAAAGCUGGCAAUUUUAUUUAUUUAUAUUUCUGGGCUUUGUUUUCUCUCUCCACAGCCUUCCCUAUUUACGCUAGAAAUCUAUACAGAUUUUAAAUCAACAUUCAACUCCAACCCCCACUUCCCUCUCCAUUUUCCCUCUCCAUCUCAUUUUUUUCCCUAUAUAUUUUUUCUUCCCCUUCUUCUUUUGUUACAGAGGCCAGAAAUGCGUGUCUUUGAGAUAGACAGAGAGAGAGAGAGGAGUUAAUGGUUGAUUCUUCUUCUGCCGCUAGAAAAAUAGCAACCAUGGCUACUUCUCCAUGCCCUAGUGGGAAUGAAAAGAAACACUGGUGGCUUAGCAACCGAAGGAUUGUAGAUAAGCAUAUUAAGGAAGCUAGAAACCUCAUUGCAACCCAAGAACCGAGUGAUAUUACUUCUGCUUUGAACCUUCUAGACGCGGCUCUGGCUCUCUCUCCUCGCUUUGAAGUCGCUCUUGAACUGAAGGCUAGAUCUUUGCUCUACCUCAGGCGAUUCAAGGACGUGGCUGAUAUGCUUCAAGAUUACAUUCCCAGCCUUAAAAUAGGAAAUGACGAGUCGGGUUCGGUAUCUUCUGAAAACUCGUCGCAGCAGCUAUCGAGGGAGCGAGUCAAGCUGUUGCCUUCUAAUGACUCGUCCUCGGAAAAAGCAGAAAGGGAUCCGAGUUUCAAGUGUUUUUCUGUCUCGGACUUGAAGAAGAAGGUGAUGGCGGGGCUUUGUAAAACUUGCCACAAGGAAGGGCAAUGGAGGUAUUUGGUUUUGGGGCAAGCUUGUUGCCAUCUGGGCCUGAUGGAGGACGCCAUGGUCCUCCUUCAAACCGGAAAACGCCUCUCAACCGCCGCAUUCCGCCGUGAAAGCAUUUCUUGGUCCGACGAUAGCUUUUCCAUUUCCAACUUCCCAAUCUCAGGCGACGUUAGCUCCUCAUCAGCCCCCCCAACUCCGCCGCGAGCUUUGACCGAAUCUGAGAGCAUCUCCCAACUCUUAUCACACAUCAAACUUCUCCUACGGCGCCGUGCGGCAGCGAUUGCCGCCCUCGACGCAGGAUUAUAUUCUGAAGCCAUCCGCCACUUUACCAAGAUUGUAGAAGGCCGCCGCGGGGCCCCACAAGGAUUCCUGGCGGAAUGUUACAUGCACAGAGCCUUUGCAUAUAAGUCUUCGGGUAGAAUUGCAGAGUCUAUUGGUGAUUGCAACAAGACCUUAGCUCUUGCCCCUAUGUGCAUUCAGGCACUUGAGGCUAGAGCCUCGCUCUUCGAAACUAUCCGCUGCUUGCCUGAUUGUUUACACGAUCUUGAGCACUUGAAACUCUUAUACAAUUCAAUCUUGCGGGAUAGGAAGCUCCCGGGUCCUGCAUGGAAGCGGCAUAACGUGAGAUACAGGGAGAUUCCAGGGAAACUCUGUGCAUUGACCACCAAGAUUCAGGAAUUGAAGAGGAGGGUUGCUUCCGGGGAGACUGGAAACGUUGAUUACUAUGCUUUGAUCGGUCUGAGACGUGGGUGUUCAAGAUCUGAGUUAGAGAGAUCUCAUUUGUUGCUCUGUUUAAGGCACAAGCCCGAUAAGGCUACAAAUUUUAUCGAGAGAUGUGAGUUUGCAGAUGAUAGGGAUCUUGACUCAGUUAAAGAUCGAGCGAAAAUGUCUGCAUUAUUGCUUUAUAGAUUGCUUCAAAAGGGUUACUCAAGUGUCAUGGCUACAAUUAUGGAUGAGGAGGCCGCAGAGAAGCAAAGGAAGAAAGCGGCAGCUGCUUUACAAGCGGCUGCAGCAGUUCAAGUGCAGCAAACAGCCCAGAGCAGGAAACCUGAAUCAAAUCUAUCUAAAGUGGAGAAAUCGUGUCCUAAUAGAAUUAAGUCCACUGAAAAUAAAGUGGCAACAUCUUCAGGGACCUCCAAUACAUCUGUUUUUCAAGGGGUAUUUUGCAGGGACCUCGCUGCAGUUGGGAAUUUACUAUCUCAAGUUGGAUUUAACCGUGCACUUCCACUGAAGUACGAGGCGUUGAGCUGCUAAGUAAACAUCAAGUCUUGGAGAUGUCACCGGCGGUAGAAUCACUGGUUCAUUUUGUACAAAAGUAUUAAAGUAUAUAAUUUAGACUGCCGGAAAAUUUUGUCGCCCUUGUCAUUUUGUUCUUUUAAUUCCAUCAUCUACUACCUGUACAGAAUUUUCAAAUUUUCAGUACCGAGACCCAGUUUCUAUUUUUUUCCAA